AUUAAUGGAAGCUGACUUGGAGCCUAAGUCUAGGCUCGGUUCCCAAAUUCUGCUUUUCCUUCAGCACAGGGAGGAGCUCCCACCUCAGAAGAGAUAUAAGGUCAAAAUCGGUAAAAAGAUUAAGAAAUUUAUGAGAUUUAAGCAACUUGGAAUCACUGAGGAUGAGCCUAAAAUUGAAGAAGACAGCUAUGCUUCCGAUGGCUCAGAUAUGGCAGUCGAGGAAGGGACCAAGAAGAACAGUAAUCCUGCUGAAAUAGAUCAAACUGGAGUCAAACUCACCUUCGAUAAGGAGGUACUUGAGAUCCUUAAUGAAAGAGUAAACAUCAAGAAUAUGGAAAAUAAUAUUCAGGAAAAUGUGAAGGAAGAUGAAUCCCUGUCCGAUAUGUACUCUGAUAUCGAUAAUAAUGAGCCUUUGGGCCCAUCUACUAACGCCGACCUUGGUAAUAACAACAUUGAAGAGCUGAUCCCUAACUCAAAUUCCAACCAGAAGAUCGAGGAUCUCGUCAAUAAUAUUGAGAAGAAGAGAGAACUUGAAAAAUUAGAGAAAAAAAAGAGAGAUAUCAAGCAAGCUAAUGUUGAGGACUACUUCACAGGAUUCUCAUCCACUAUCACUCGGAAGGUAGAAAACCCCAAAAAGAUCAGAUCAGUUAUGGAAGAAGUCAUCCAGAAGGGUGACUACCUCACUGAAGAGCAGGAGCUUGCUGAGAUCAGAAGGAGAAUGAACCAAGGUACUGAUAAUUACACUGAGUGAUUUCCUGAAGCCCAGGAAUCUAUCCGUGGAUUUGACGAAAAAGAUUUUGCCCAAAAAGUCAAAGAGAAAUUCUAUGACGAAGAAGUCAUCAAGAAGGAUGAAGAGUGGAUGAAGUCUGAUAGAAAAUUCAUUGAAGGAGGGACGGGACAGAAAUAUACUGACAAUAACCUCAAGCGUAGAGAAGCUAAGGCAAAGAGUAAACUGAACGAAGACACCAAGAAACUGAAUAAUUUUAUUGAAAAUCAAAGCUAA